GGCGCGAGCUCUCCGCGCCUCUCCCCCGCCUCCUCCUCCUGCCGCUGCCCGUUCCGUGCUUGCAGCAGCCGGAGCUGCCAAGCGCCAGGGCCGCGGCGAUGUCGUCGUCGUCGCCGCCGGCGGGGGCUGCCAACGCCGCCGCCAUCUCGGCCUCGGAGAAAGUGGACGGCUUCACCCGGAAAUCGGUGCGCAAGGCGCAGAGGCAGAAGCGCUCCCAGGGCUCGUCGCAGUUCCGCAGCCAGGGCAGCCAGGCGGAGCUGCACCCCUUGCCCCAGCUCAAAGAUGCCACUUCCAAUGAACAACAAGAGCUUUUCUGUCAGAAGUUGCAGCAGUGUUGUAUACUGUUUGAUUUCAUGGACUCUGUUUCAGACUUGAAGAGCAAAGAAAUUAAAAGGGCAACACUAAAUGAACUGGUUGAGUAUGUUUCAACUAAUCGUGGUGUAAUUGUUGAAUCAGCGUAUUCUGAUAUAGUAAAAAUGAUCAGUGCUAACAUCUUCCGUACUCUUCCUCCAAGUGAUAAUCCAGAUUUUGAUCCAGAAGAGGAUGAACCCACGCUUGAGGCCUCUUGGCCUCACAUACAAUUGGUGUAUGAAUUCUUCUUAAGAUUUUUGGAGAGCCCUGAUUUCCAGCCUAGCAUUGCAAAGCGAUACAUUGACCAGAAAUUUGUACAGCAGCUCCUGGAGCUUUUUGAUAGUGAAGAUCCCAGAGAACGUGACUUCCUGAAGACUGUUCUGCACCGAAUUUAUGGGAAAUUUCUUGGAUUAAGAGCAUUCAUCAGAAAACAAAUUAACAACAUUUUCCUCAGGUUUAUAUAUGAAACAGAACAUUUCAAUGGUGUUGCUGAACUCCUUGAAAUAUUAGGAAGUAUUAUCAAUGGCUUUGCAUUGCCACUGAAAGCAGAACAUAAACAAUUUCUAAUGAAGGUUCUUAUUCCUAUGCAUACUGCAAAAGGAUUAGCUUUGUUUCAUGCUCAGCUAGCCUACUGUGUCGUACAGUUCCUGGAGAAAGAUACCACACUAACAGAACCAGUGAUCAGAGGACUGCUGAAAUUUUGGCCAAAAACAUGCAGUCAGAAAGAAGUGAUGUUUUUAGGAGAAAUUGAAGAAAUCUUAGAUGUCAUUGAACCCACACAGUUCAAAAAAAUUGAAGAGCCCCUUUUUAAGCAAAUAUCCAAGUGUGUCUCCAGUUCUCAUUUUCAGGUUGCAGAAAGGGCAUUGUACUUCUGGAAUAAUGAAUAUAUUCUUAGUUUGAUUGAGGAGAAUAUUGAUAAAAUUCUGCCAAUUAUGUUUGGCAGUUUAUACAAAAUCUCCAAAGAACACUGGAAUCCGACCAUUGUAGCACUGGUAUACAACGUGCUGAAAACCCUAAUGGAAAUGAAUGGCAAGCUUUUUGACGACCUUACUAGCUCCUACAAAGCUGAAAGACAAAGAGAGAAAAAGAAGGAAUUGGAACGUGAAGAGUUAUGGAAAAAAUUAGAGGAGCUAAAGCUAAAGAAAGCUUUGGAAAAGCAGAACAGUGCUUACAACAUGCACAGUAUUCUCAGCAAUACAAGUGAUGAAUAAAAAAAGCCACCACCUCUGUUGGA